CGUCUAUUCGUUGUGUUAACAUUAUUUUUGUUGCAAAAUAUUGUAUUUAAUAGUGUAAAAAUAUUUAGUUCUGCCUUAGAUUAGUUUUAUAGGGUAGUUCUAGCCGAUGUCCACAAAAUCAGAUCAGUUUUGUAUACGGUGAUCGUGCAUGUGAUAGCUCAUAAUUUUGGCCAUUAACUCACGUCUCACUGCAUAGUGCUAUAAAAUUUUAUUGGAGUGCAAUGUGGCGCAGAUAGUGAAUCGUGUCCCGCGUGUGAAAUGUCACAACAUGGUUGCCCGGAGAGACUGUCGAACAGGUCGAAAGCCUUUCAGGAGGACGGGGCGAGCCAGCCAACCAUGGAGCUGAUGGUGGAGACCCUCACAGGCACGGCCUUCGAGAUGACCGUGUCGCCCUCCGACACCAUCUUCGCCAUAAAGUCCAAGAUAUUCAGGGUGGAAGGUAUCCCCGUCGCCCAGCAGCACCUGCUAUACAACCUGCGGGAGUUGGACGACGCGCUGUCGCUCCGCGAGCACGCGAUCGGCGACGGCGCGCGACUCCGCCUCGUGCUGGGGCUACGCGGCGGGCCCAUGGCGACGCGCCGCCUGCCACCGCCGGAGCCCUGGCGGGAUAUUGAGAGGCUGCUGCAUCCACGUUCGUCCUCCGAGUGGGGAGAGUGGGGGGAGUGCCGCGUCACGGUGCUGGUCUUCCGCGAGGGCGAGCGAGUCAACAUGCUGCGUGUGAGAGAGAACCGCGACGGCUCGUACUCGCCGCUCGACAAACAGCCGAUCACCAGUAGCAGUGGCAGCAGCAGCAGCGCCGCCAGCAGCAGCAACACGGAGCGCGGCGCGUGGGGCGGCGGGUCGGAGACGAGGCGGGAGAACGCCCUCACCGCCGGCAAGAUGCUCGAGCUGCGCCGGCGCAUGGAGGCGCUCAGCGUCAGCCGCCGCCGCCCGCGACACGGCGACAAACCAGACAUCCAGAAGACCAGAAGCGAGGAAACCCUAUCCGUCCCCAGUCUGCUCGAUGAGUCGGACUCCUUCAACAACGUCUACUGUGAGACGUUUGACCUGGACCGCUACACCCUGCUGCCUCCGAUAGCCAGGGAAGAGGACAGGCUGAAGCUCUCCGUCCUCGUGAAGAGAGAGAACGAGGAUGGAGCUAUACUCGAGGAGUGCUUGGACACUGAGGAGUUUGUGGACUCGGCGCUCGCUAAUAACUUGACUCCGGUUCCCACGGCUGAAUAUAGUGGUAUCGGCGUGGAGGGAGCAGGCGCAGGUGCGGGUGUGGGGGGCUGGCGCGCGUUCGGCAGCAGCUCGCAGCUCGCGCCGCCGCCGCUCGCGCACGCGCUGUUCUCCUCCUCUACCGGCGACCUGGAGGCGCUGCGACGGAACAGAAUACUACCAGCACUCUCCCGUCACCGCAACCGCGAGCACCUCCACCUGAGCGACGAGGGGCUCCACCUGCCGCCGCCGCCACCGCCCCCCGCGCCGCCCGCGCCCCGCUCCCGCGCGGUGGGCUCCGAGCGCCGCCGCCCCCCGCCCGCGCCGCCCGCCCCGCCCCCUGUGGAGGAGCCGGCUGACAAGAUUGUGAAAAAAGUGCGUCUGCGCUGCGGCUUCUGCCGCAAGCGGCUCACGGUGGCCACGGUGCACGAGUGCCGCUGCGGCUCGCGAUUCUGCGCGCCGCACCGGUACGCCGAAGUCCACGGCUGCACGUACGACUACAAGCGCCCGCAGCUCCCGCGGAUAUAGCUGUAGCUCCCAACCAACAGUGGCCAAUCGGACGCAAUUUAGUGGCCGUUGCCGCGACGCCGCCUAGUGGCCAAUCGGUGUACGAAGCUUUCGACAACAGUUUGGUAUACGCUGCAGCGACCGAGUUUAGUGGCCGCACACCGCGUCGCAGCGAUGAAGCCUAGUGAUAUGAACGUUUUAGUGGCCACAGAAAUGGCGGCCACAUAAUAUCUUGGACAUUAACGUGAUUUUUUUAAUAAAAUUUGAAAAUGUAAAAAAAGUUCAGAUGGCAAAUUCUUGUAGACGUUCAAUUAACAGUAUCACUUUAAUGUCGAGUCACAUUUGCAAAGAGCAAUGAGUAAGACAAAAUUAAGACAAGAUCUUACUGCGAAUUGAACAUUUUUUAUUACGGAAUUAGCCUUUAAGUUCCUGAAUAUGCUAAAAUCAGUCACAGAAUUGACGAAUGUGUUUACUAAAAGGUUUGUGUUAAUUUAUCUUAAUGAAAUAUAAUAGAUUAAUUUUCGAAUACGACUAACGAAAAAUAACGGUGACAUGUUCUGAUAAAUCUGAAAAGUUUAUUAUUUUAUUACUACUACAUGAAAAACUUAUCAAUAUUUUUGAAUUGAAUGAUUUUUUUUGCAUAAUUACUGCAUAUGGGUAAAUUUUUGUUAUAGGAUCAAUAUACCUAGUGGGAGUUAGUCAGACUUUUAAAUAUGCUAUUAUGGUCAUUGAACAGAAGCUAGACGAUAUUUAGCAACAAAAAAUUAUCAAAUUUGCAGAAUAUGUACAUUAUUGACAAAGACAACGACGUAAGACUAAAAUUUGACUGAGCCUACAGAGAAUAAUAUUUAUUCUUAGAAUUUCUAACAUCUGAAGGAUAAAUUUUAUGCUUUGGCCGCAAGAGUCAGGCCUGUGCUUUAGACUGAAGAUCUUCACCUAGAAGAAUAUAGUCCUUUGUCCAAAUAAGGAAUUUUGUUGACAUAUUUCUCUUUCAUGUCAAUAUUGCUGUCUCGCUCCUUAUCAUUUCUUCUUACUUGUGAGUGAAGGAGAAAGAAAAUUAUCGUCUCUUUUAUCAUAGAUACGAUUUACGACGUCCUAACGCCAAUAUUUAAAUAUCUGUGCUUAUCCAUUUAACAAUAUUAGAUUUUAAUAAAUAUUGUAUAAAACUAAUAUUAAUUUCAUGGUAC